AUGAGAGAUAAGUUAAGCAAUGAAACUGAUUGGUUGGACCUCAAGGAAGACCAUGUGAUGCUGUUGAAGCGUAUGAAGACGUUCAUGACCAUCACGGAUGAGACCAAGUGGCAGCACUUUGGACUCAUGGAAUCUCUCAGGAGAUUUGCAAACUGCACUCAGAAGCAAAAUGAGUCAGUGAAUGAUUACAGAAGGCCGUUCGAAGCUCAAGCUGACCAAGUAUUCGAAAUCCUUGGCACCGAUGUGUUGCCUGUCUAUGUAACCAAAAUGAUGGGGUACCUGGAUCUGUACCAAGGCACUCCAAGAAACGUUCAAGAAAGAAGUUCUGGAAACAUUUAA